CCAAGUUGAAUAAAAGGAUGUGUCACUCUUUCUAAUUUCUCUCAUAUCCAAAAUAUUAAACUAGUUACUUUACACUCCCAAAAAGUUAAUGGAAAAUGUUGUUUGGCUUUCUACAAAUGGCAAAAAGGCAAUAGAAGAAGAGCUUAUAAGAGGACAUGAUAUGGCAAAUCAAUUACUUGAAGUACUAACUUUUGAUGAUAAGUCAAAUAUUAGUAUUAGGGAAGUCAAAGGGUCAAACUCACAAUCAUUAUCAACCUUAAUAGCCGGAGAUCUUGUUCGAAAGAUACUCAAAUCAUUGACAAAUACUCUUUUGCUUUUGAACAACAAUAAAGAGUUCAAUGAUGUUCCUGUAUCAGGUAGAGAUGUUUCUAUCUCAAAUAGUUAUCACAAGAUGGAGGUUGAUUUGGAUGGAGCUUACAAGAAACUCAAGAUCCUCAACACCAAACAACAAAAAGGGUCGAACAAGAGAAAGUCAAUUUCAGCAACUUGGGAAAAGACCACCCCAAUAUUGAUUGAUGAUGGUCAUACAUGGAGAAAGUAUGGACAAAAAAGGAUAACAAAAGCCAAAUACUAUAGAAGCUACUAUAGAUGCACACACAUGAACGAUCAACACUGUGAAGCAAUGAAACAUGUUCAAAGAACUCAAGAGAAUCCUCCAUUGUACACUACUACAUAUUAUGGUUAUCACACUUGCAAAAGCAAUUUGGAACCAAUUUUGUCCUCUGAUGACUCUUCUGUACUGCUUAGUUUCGAUAACAACGUUCUGAUUAAACAAGAAUACCAGCUUCCACCACCUUUGCCAUUGCCAUUGCCACCACUUGUUGCUUCAAUAAAAGAGGAUCCCUUGAAAGAGAUUCAUCCGAAUCAAUUGUUCUUAUCAGAGAACAUCCUGUCAUGUAACUUUGAAGUUUAUUUCGAUAAUGUGAAACAUACCACUAUGCUGUUAUCUCCUGAAUCAUUUGAAUUUGAGAAUGUUUAUGAUCAGUUUGGAUUUUGAUGGCUAUGGAUAUGUUCGUGUGCAAUUAUUUUUUGCGGUUUGGCGUUGGAGAGUGAUCAUUAUGUGUAAAUUGAAG